CAACAACUGCCAGUAAUUGAAUAACCCCCCAUCCUCACCUCCUAAUCAUCACCCCCAGAAAGAAUGGUCCAAUACCUCCUCACCGGCGUAACCGGCGGCCUGGGCGCGCACGUGCUCGAGUACUUCCUCGCGCACGUCGAGCCCUCGACCUACGCGGUCGCCUCCUCCAACCCCGCCAAAGCGGACGAAUUCACGCGCCAGGGCCUCGCCUUCCGGGUCGUCAACUACGACGACCCGAGCACGCUGGACGCCGCGUUCCAGGAGGUGGAGAACCUAUUCUUCGUCAGCUCCAACACCUUCGACAACGAGCGGCGCCGGAGACAGCAUCAGGAUGUGGUGGACGCCGCGAAGCGGGCGGGGGUGAAGCAUAUAUGGUACACCUCCCUCGCCUUCGGCGGCCACACCUCGACCUCGCAGGUCGCCGUCCAGCAAGCGCAUUACAUGACCGAGGAGAUGCUGCGCGUCUCCGGAGUCCCCUACACCUCCAUCCGCGAAGGCCUAUACACCGAGGCCUUCCCCCUCUACUUCAACUGGUACCCCAGCACGCAAACCAUCAUCCUCCCCCAGCCCCCAACAUUUACCACACAAUCCGACCCGAAUCCAGCAGAACUAGCCCACACCCAACGAAUCACCUUCACCUCGCGCGAGGAACUCGGCCACGCCACCGCGCGCCUCCUCCUGCGGAGCGGGGCCGCCUACCGCGACCAGAUCGUCGUGCUCAGCGCCAGGGAGACGCUGUCGUUCCAGCAGAUUGUGGACCUGAUCAAUGCCCACCACUGCCAGGACGGUAAGGAAGUCGGGGUGGAGUUUGUUCCGGCCGCCGAGUACGUGGCCCGGAAUGCGGCGGAUGAUGAGGGCGGCAAGGCGGCGGGAUUCUUUGAGGCGAUGGUCUCGUGGCAUGAGGGGAUCGCGAAGGGGGAGGCGGUGGUGGAUUCGGAUGGGUUGAUGGCCGAGGUGCUGGGGAGGGAGCCGACGCGGGCGUCGGUGAGGAUUGAGGAGUUGUUGAGGGGUGCCAGGGGGGAGGGGGGGCAGGGGGGGUAUGUUUGGCAUCAGAAUUAUGCGUAG